AUGGCUUUCAUGCAAAGGCGCCUUCCUCCCUUGCAGGGGGUGUUCCUCAACCUCGGUGCCAAGCCCAAUGCCUCCCACAGCACUCUCCGCCGCUGCCGCAGUUUCUCCGGCUACGCGCCCCUGGAGCCUGGCGAGGUCAAUUACGAGCUUGGCUUCAAACCCUGCGUCGGACCGGUCCCCCAAGCUUCCGGCGCAGUGCUUGGAGACCAGCAGGGGCCAGAAAGCACCCCAGAAGACCUACCUUGGCCGGACACCGACGACGAGGAAGCAGUGGCUUGGGUUCUGGCGCAAUCCGACACCGUGGCUCCGCCGGUGGAAGAUGCUGUUGGUAUCGACAGCUUGCUCCUCGCACCGCUGGCUCCGUCGCCGACCACAACCAAGGAUGAGACAGGCGACAUGCCGCAGAGUGACAUGGUGGAGCAGUUGAACCUCUCCGGCUUUGCGAACAGGGGCUACACCUGUGUGAGUUUCGUCAACACCAGCACUGUGCAAGUGUUUCAGAACGCAUGCCGCGGUGGCAUGCUCAACGCCCCGGCUGGGGCCUCGCAGCAAGUGGACAUCGUACACUCGCAUGUGCAGGGCGUGCAGAUGGCCAAGGAGAAGUGGUUCGGAGGCUACCUGCACCCAAACCAAAGUCCGACGGCGUCGCCACAGGUCUCUGCCUUGAUGGCAACAGAGCCAGCAGACCGCACGAAAUCCCAGCCAGCACUGCCAAGCACGGUUGACCAAGUGGUGAAAGCCCAGCGUGCGGGCACCGCGGCCUUAAAGAAGGCAAGAGCCAUGAUGCCUGCUGUGGAUCUUCAACCGACGGUUCCGCAUGUCCGCCCUCGACGCCGACUGCCUAAGAACCCAUCACGUACUGUUGGUCAGUAG